UGUUGUUGCUAAUUUAACUUCCAUCAGGCUGUACUGAGUGAAGCAGCUCUGGGUGGAGGAUGAGCUGGCCAGUGACGACGCAGCCUCAGGCGAUGCUAGUUUCCUCCAAGGAGGCUGAUUGGUCGUCUGGGAUCUGCGGCUGUUGUGACGACAUGAAGCAGUGCUGCUUUGCGUUCUGGUGUUGUCCGUGCUUUGCCUGUAUAACCACCAGAGAUUUCGGUCAGUGCCUCUGUCUCCCCCUGCUGGACGUGUUCAGCUGCUGCAUCCCCCCCGUCGCCAUGUCCAUGAGGGCCGCUGUACGGCAGCGCUACGGCAUCAGGGGCUCCCUGUGCAGAGACUGUGUGUGCUCCACCUUCUGUCUUCCCUGCGUUUGGUGUCAAAUGUCCACGGAGAUGAAGAAGAGGAAAAUCCCCACCAUGCUGAGUGACAUCAUCAGCUGCCGAUGACAUCAUCGCUCUGACAUCACUGCUCCAACUCCGUCCAUCCAAAUGCAGAUCAAAUGCUACUGCUGUGGAGUAAACGGCAAUAAUCAAUAGUGUUUGUGCUGUUUGUUUACAGAAUAAUGUUGUUUACUAUUUUAUCUGUUUAUUCUCAUAUUUAUCAAACAUGUCUUUCUUUUUUAUUCACUUGUUUUGCACUUUUGUCUCAGUAUGUUCAUUUUCUACUUUGAAUAAUUGUUUAAUUUAUCUUACAUUCGUUAAGAACCAAGGAAAUGAAGUCCAGCUGCCUCCUUUUAGUUUAAACCGUUAAAGAAUAAAUAAAGUUUAUUGUUUCCCA